UGAGCAAGAGGCGAGCCGUCUUGUUGUUACGGGAAAGAUUCCGGUCCUGUUUCCUGGCGCACCGCGGCGACCGGCCGACGAGCAUCCACCGCCUCCAAGCCGCCUCUCCUCACUGCAGCAGCGUAGCGACUUCUUCCUCCAGCUGCAGAGCCUCUCCGCAUCAGGAGUUCCUCGCCAUGGAGGUACUCCGCUCCAUCUUCUCCUGUUUCUCCUCGCCCCGCUCCCAUGGACUGUGGUCGAGCGGAGCUAGCGACAAGAACAAGGCCAUGGUUGAGCAACUGCAGAGAUAUGGGGUAAUCAAGUCGACCAAAGUUGCGGAGGUCAUGGAGACCAUCGAUAGGGGGCUGUUUGUGCCUCCGGGUGGUUCUCCCUAUUUUGAUAGCCCAAUGGCAAUUGGCUACAACGCAACCAUAUCUGCGCCUCACAUGCAUGCUGCUUGCCUGGAGCUCCUGGAGGAUCAUCUGCAGCCUGGUAUGCGGGCUCUGGAUGUUGGAUCAGGCACUGGGUACCUAACAGCUUGCUUUGCACUUAUGGUUGGACCGGGGGGACGAGCAGUUGGUGUUGAACACAUACCAGAGUUGGUUGCUUCUUCUACCGAAAACAUCAAGAAAAGUGCAGCAGCCCCACAGCUGAAUGAUGGAUCCCUCAGUAUUCAUAUUGCUGAUGGUAGGGAAGGCUGGCCCGAGCUUGCACCAUAUGACUGCAUCCAUGUCGGAGCUGCAGCACCGCAGAUUCCAGAGGCGUUAAUCGAGCAGCUGAAGCCUGGUGGCAGAAUGGUGAUCCCGGUUGGGACCAUCUUCCAGGAGCUGAAGGUGGUUGACAAGAAUCUAGACGACGGUGUCAGCAUAAGAGACGAGACGUCUGUGCGCUAUGUGCCUCUCACCAGCAAGGAUGCCCAGUUGCACUCAAAUUGAUCGCCGCAUCCUGCCAACCAAAUGCUAUCUUCAAUGUGUGAACCUAAAACCUCAUUAUCAAGGCGUUCUGAUUGGACAUAAAAUCUACCCAGCACUCGCUGUAAAACGCUGGGGUUCAUGGGCAAUGUAGGAUACUGGUACUUCAUCAAAGUAUUGAAGCGCGUGUUUGUGUUUGACUA